UGUAUAUGUGUGUAUUUGUGUGUAUAGGUGUGGGUAUAUAUAUGUGUGUGUGUGUGUGUGUGUAUAUGUGUGUACGUGUAUAUGUGUGUGUGCUUAUAUGUAUGUAUGUAUGUGUGUGUGUAUGUAAUAUAUAUGUGUGUGUGUUUGUAUAUAUGUGGAAAUAUAUAUGGGUGUGUAUAUGUUUGUGUGUACGUGUAUAUGUGUGUGUGCUAAUAUGUAUGUAUGUGUAUGUAAUAUACAUGUGUGUGUGUUUGUGUGUGUGUGUGUCCCCGUGUGUAUAUGUGUGCGUGCUUAUAUGUAUGUAUGUGUGUGUGUAUGUAAUAUAUAUGUGUGUGUGUUUGUAUGUGUGUGUGUGUAUAUUUGUGGAAAUAUAUAUGGGUGUGUAUAUGUGUGUAUUUGUGUGUAUAGGUGUGGGUAUAUAUAUGUGUGUGUAUGUGUGUACGUGUAUAUGUGUGUGAAUAUGUAUGUAUCUAAUAUAUAUGUGUGUGUAUAUGUGUAUGUAUGUGUGUGUGUGUGUGUGUGUGUGUGUGUAUAUAUGUGUGUGUGUGUGUGUGUGUGUGUGUGUGUUUGUGUGUAUAUAUGUGGAAAUAUAUAUGGGUGUGUAUAUGUGUGUAUAUGUAUGUGUGUGUGUAUGGAGAAAUGUGGACAUAUGUGUGUGUGUGUGUGUGUGUGUGUGUGUGUGUGUUCAUGUGUCUGUGAUAUAUUUGUGUGUGUAUAUGUAUGUGUGUGUGUAUGGAGAAAUGUGGACAUAUAUGUGUGUGUGUGUGAUAUGUCCAUGUGUGUCUAUGUGUGUAUGUAUGUGACCCCCCCAGAGGUGUGUGUGUGAUAUGUCUAUGUGUGUACAUGUGUGUAUGUAUGUGACCCCCCAGAGGUGUGUGUGUGAUAUGUCUAUGUGUGUACAUGUGUGUGUGUGUGUGUGUGUGUGUCUGUAUGCAUAUAUGUGGAAAUAUAUAACGGGGUGGGUGUGUAUGUAUAAAUAUAUAUGUAUGUAUGUGUGUCUGUAUGUAUAUGUUUGUGUGUGUGUGUUCAUGCGCCUGUGAUAUAUUUGUGUGUGUAUAUAUAUAUAUGUGUGUGUGUGUGUGUGUGUGUGGAGAAAUGUGGACGUGUGUGUGUGUGUGUGUGUUCAUGCGUCUGUGAUAUAUUUGUGUGUUUAUAUAUAUAUAUAUAUGUGUGUGUGUAUGGAGAAAUGUGGACAUAUGUGUGUGUGUUUGUGUGUGUGUGUUCAUGCGUCUGUGAUAUAUUUGUGUGUUUAUAUAUAUGUGUGUGUGUGUGUGUGUGUGUGUGUGUGUAUGGAGAAAUGUGGACAUAUAUGUGUGUGUGUGUGUGUGUGUGUGUGUGUUCAUGCGUCUGUGAUAUAUUUGUGUGUGUAUAUAUAUAUGUGUGUGUGUAUCGAGAAAUGUGGACAUGUGUGUUUGUGUGUGUGUUUAUGUGUGUGUUCAUGCGUCUGUGAUAUAUUUGUGUGUGUAUAUGUAUGUAUGUGUGUGUGUAUGGAAAAUAUAUAUGGGUGUGUAUAUGUGUGUAUCUGUGUAUAUAGGUGUGGGUAUGUAUGUGUGUGUGUGUGUGUGUGGGUAUGUGUGUACGUGUAUAUGUGUUUGUGCUUAUAUGUAUGUAUGUAGUAUAUAUGUGUGUGUGUGUGUGUGUGUGUGUGUGUGUAUAUAUAUGUGGAAAUAUAUAUGUGUGUAUUUGUGUGUAUAGUUGUGGGUAUAUAUAUGUGUGUGUGUAUGUGUGUACGUGUAUAUGUGUGUGUGCUUAUAUGUAUGUAUGUGUGUGUAAUAUAUAUGUGUGUGUAUAUGUGUAUAUGUGGAAAUAUAUAUGGGUGUGUAUAUGUGUGUGUAUAUGUGUGUGUGUGUAUAUUUGGAAAUAUAUAUGGGUGUGUAUAUGUGUGUAUAUGUUUGUGUGCACGUGUAUAUGUGUGUGUGCUUAUAUGUAUGUAUGUAAUAUAUAUGUGUGUGUGUAUGUUUGUGUAUGUAUAUAUAUAUGUAUGUGUGUGUGUGUAUGUAAUAUAUAUGUUUGUGUAUAUGUGUAUAUGUGGACAUAUGUGUGUGUGUGUGUGUGUGUGUGUGAGAUCAUGCGUCUGUGAUAUAUUUGUGUGUAUAUAUAUAUAUAUGUGUGUGUGUAUGGAGAAACGUGGACAUAUAUGUGUGUGUGUGUGAUAUGUCCAUGUGUGUACAUGUGUGUAUGUAUAUGACCCCCCCAAACCCACCCCCACUUCCUCUUCCCCGCCAGCUGAAGAUCUCCUUUGACGACCUGCACACCAUGUUUGAGUACCCUUCCGAAAACUCCCUAGAAGGGCAGGAAGUGGAGGAAGAGGAAGAGGAAGCGGAGGAAGAGGAAGAGGAAGAAGAGUACGCCUCCGAGGUGGACCAGGCCCCGCCCCUUCCUGCCGCCAAGAGGAAAGACGCAGGCAAGGCGGAUGUUCUCCUUCUUUGUCUUCUACUUCCUCUUCCUGUCUUCUUCCUCUUCCUGUUCUUCUUCUUCCUCUUCUUCUCUUCUUGAUCCUCGUCUUCCUCCUCCUCUUCUUCCUCUUCUUCUUCUUCCUCCUAUUUGUCUUCUUCCUCUUCUUCUUCUUCCUCUUCUUCUUCCUUGUCUUCUUCUUUUUCCUCUUUUUCUUCCUCUUCUUCUUCCUCUUCUUCUUCUUCCUCCUAUUUGUCUUCUUCCUCUUCUUCUUCCUUGUCUUCUUCCUUGUCUUCUUCUUUUUCCUUUUCUUCUUCUUCUUCUGCUUCCUCUUCUUCUUCUUCUUUUUUCUUCCUCCACUGCUUUUUCCUCUUCUUCCUCUUCGUCUUAUUCUUUUUCCUCCUCCUAUUUUUCAUCUUCCUAUUCCUCCUUUUCUGCUUCCUCUUCUUCUUCCUCGUGUUCCUCGUCUUCCUCUUCUUCUUCCUCUUCCUCCUUCUAUUCUUCUUCCUCUUCUUCCUUCUCCUCCUCUUCUUCCUCUUUGCCGUCGUCUUCCUCUUGUUCUUCUUCUUCCUCUUCUUCCUCCUCUUCCUCUUCUUCUUCCUCUUCCACUGCUUCUUCCUCUUCUUCUACCUCCUCCUCUUCUUCUUUGUCUUCUUCUUCUUUUUCCUCUUCCUCUUCUUUUUCUUCCUCCUCCUCUUCUUCUUUUUCCUCUUCUUCUCCUUCUUUUUCCUCUUCUUCACCUUUUUCCUCUUCCUCCUCUUCCUCCUCUUCUUCCUCCUCCUUCCUCUUCCUCCUCCUCUUCCUCCUCCUCCUCUUCCUCCUCUUCUAACUCCUCCUUCCUCUUCCUCCUCCUCUUCCUCCUCCUUCCUCUUCCUCCUCUUCCUCCUCCUUCCUCUUCCUCCUCUUCUUCCUCCUCUUCCUCCUCUUCCUUCUCCUUCCUCUUCCUCCUCCUUCCUCUUCCUCCUCCUUCCUCUUCUUCCUCUUCCUCCUCUUCCUCCUCCUUCCUCUUCCUCCUCUUCUUCCUCUUCAUCUUCUUCCUCCUCUUCCUCUUCUUCCUCCUCUUCCUCCUCCUUCCUCUUCCUCUUCUUCCUCCUCCUUCCUCUUCCUCCUCUUCCUCUUCUUCCUCCUCCUCUUCCUCCUCCUCCUCCUCUUCUUCCUCCUCCUUCCUCUUCCUCCUCUUCCUCCUCCUUCCUCUUCCUCCUCUUUUUCCUCCUUCCUCUUCCUCCUCCUUCCUCUUCUUCCUCCUUCCUCUUCCUCCUCUUCUUCCUCCUUCCUCGUCUUCUUCCUCCUUCCUCUUCCUCUUCUUCCUCCUCCUUCCUCUUCCUUCUCUUCCUCCUCCUUCCUCUUCCUCCUCUUCCUCUUCUUCCUCUUCUUCCUCCUCCUUCCUCUUCCUCUUCUUCUUCCUCCUCUUCCUCUUCUUCCUCCUCCUUCCUCUUCCUCCCCUUCUUCCUCCUUCCUCUUCCUCCUCCUUCCUCUUCUUCCUCCUCUUCCUCCUUCCUCUUCUUCCUCCUUCCUCUUCCUCCUCUUCUUCCUCUUCUCUUCCUCUUCCUCCUCCUCCUUCCUCUUCCUCGUCUUCUUCCUCCUUCGUCUUCUUCCUCCUCCUCCUCCUCCUUCCUCCUCUUCUUCCUCCUUCCUCUGCCUCCUCUUCCUCUUCUUCCUCCUUCCUCUUCUUCUUCUUCUUCCUCCUCCUUCCUCUUCUUCUUCCUCUUCCUCCUCCUCCCUCUUCUUCCUCCUCUUCCUCCUUCCUCUUCCUCCUCUUCUUCCUUCUCCCAGGAAGUCGCAUUGACCCAGAGCCUUUUAAAAAAUCAAAUCGCAUUUCCUCCCCAGCUUUCCCCAAAGGCGCCGGGUUCGAGGAAGCGCCUCCGACGGCGGGAACUGUAGCGCCGCCGGGCGCCGAUUCGCCCGACGACCACGCCAUGGUAAUAUUAAUUUGGCAAUAUUAAUGACAAAUUAAUCAUAUUAAGAAGAAGAAGCUUGAUUGUUUAUUAUGAUGAUGAUUAUUUAUUAUUAUUAUUAUUAUUAUUAUUAUUUAUUAGACUGAUUUCUUGCGAGAUUUCCAGGGUUAUACAUCGCCUUAUUAGACUUAUUUAUUUAUUAUUAUUAUUAUUAUUAUUACUAUUACUUAUUAUUAUCUGCCCUGAACUUCUUUUGUGAUACUUAUUAUUGUUGUUAUUAUUAUUAUUAUUAUUACUUGUAUCCGGCCCUUCAUGAGAUAAACAUAUUAUUAAUAAUCGUCAUAAUCAUCAUUAUCACUAUUAUUAUUAUCACUAUUACCACUAUUGUUGUUGUUAUCAUCAUCAUCUUCACUAUUAUUAUUAUUAUUAAUCAGAUUAUUCAGAUUUGUACCCAACCCUUCAUGCGAAACCCACAUUAUUAUCCUGAAUUAUUAUUAUUAAUAAUUAUUAUUAUUAUUAAUAUUAUUGUAUUUUAAUCCCAUUAUUAUCACUAUUAUUAUUGUUAACAUCAUUAUUAUUAUUAUUAUUAUUAUUAUCAUCAUCAUCACUAUUAUUGUUAUCAUUAUCAUUGUCACUAUAAUGAUUAUUCUCGCCAUUAUCACUAUUGUUACCAUCAUUAUUGUCAUUAUCACUAUUAUCACUAUUAUCACUAUUGUUGUUAUCAUCAUCUUCACUAUUAUUAUUAUUAUUAUUAAUCAGAUUAUUCAGAUUUGUACCCAACCCUUCAUGCGAAACCCACAUUAUUUUCCUGAAUUAUUAUUAUUAUUAUUAUUAUUAUUAUUUAUUAAUAUUAUUGUAUUUUUAAUCCAAUUAUUAUCAUCACUAUUAUUAUUGUUAACAACAACAUUAUUAUUAUUAUUAUCAUCAUCACCACUAUCAUUCUCAUCCUUAUCACUAUUGUUAUCACCAGUAUUAUUUAUUAUUUUAUUAUUAUUAUUAUUAUUAUUAUUAUUAUUAUUACUUAUUAUUAUUAUUAUUAAUAUUAUUGUAUUUUUAAUCCAAUUAUUAUCAUCACUAUUAUUAUUGUUAACAACAACAUUAUUAUUAUUAUUAUUAUUAUCAUCAUCACCACUAUCAUUCUCAUCAUUAUCACUAUUGUUAUCACCAGUAUUAUUUAUUAUUUUAUUAUUAUUAUUAUUAUUACUUAUUAUUAUUAUUAUUAAUAUUAUUGUAUUUUUAAUCCAAUUAUUAUCAUCACUAUUAUUAUUGUUAACAACAACAUUAUUAUUAUUAUUAUCAUCAUCACCACUAUCAUUCUCAUCCUUAUCACUAUUGUUAUCAUCAUUAGUAUUUAUUAUUAUUAUUUUAUUAUUAUUACUUAUUACUUAUUAUUAUUAUUAUUAAUAUUUUUGUAUUUUUAAUCCAAUUUUUCGACCCCACAGCUCACCCCGGCCGGCGCCGGCGCCCGGUCCGACUUCGGCAGCGAACCGGCCCUCUACUUCUGAGCCCCCGAAAUCGCCCCAAAAUUGGGAUUAUUAUUAUUAUUUUAUAUUAUUAUUAUUAUUAAUUAUUAUUAUUAUUACUACUAUUACUGAUGGAUACAGUGAUCAAAAGAGCUG